GUGUGGCCCUCUGGCUCCUGGCUCCCGAGGCCACACUAACACUCACUCGAAUCUCGGCCACCGCCUGAGAUACAGUUAAAUACAAGUCCCAAAGAUCAAUGGGAAGUAUACUGUAAUUAGUAACCCCACUGUAGAGAUCCUACUGAACCCUGUGAAGUGCUCUCUGAGCAGGAACUCCUGCGUAGAGGCCUUAAGGAUCAUGGAAACUGCUUCACGAAGAGGAACCCAUACAUAGAAGUCUUAUGAAACCUGGGAAGUGUUUGCUGAGGAAGAACCCCUACACAAGUCUAAAAGGACACUGGUAAGUGCUUCCUGAGAAGGAACAUCUAUGUAGAAGUCUUAAAGGACCAUGGGAACACCCUCUUGAGUCGGAACCCUUAAGUAGUUCUCAUGGUCAGUAGGAAGCAAUCUUUGGACGGCUGUUGCAGAAGACGCAACCAGUGAUUGUUUUUGUUUGCGUUUGCGGUUCUGCAAAGACAACACUGCGUGGAGUGGGUGAGGCGCAGUGGAAGGCUGCAGCGCCUGCAACUCCUCACCCCAAAGUACAGAUGCUAAACGAGUGUGUACCAGUAAUGAAAGUGAAAUUGCUAUAAAUCUUAGAAAACAUUUCUAAACGUGUGUCAGUUACGGAUUUUUCAACUUCAGAAUGAAAUUAUAAACUGUUAAAUGUGUUUCAUUUAAAGUGUAUUCAGCCAGUGCGUCUCACGAAUGUGUGUGUGAAGGUUCCUUGUAAACUCUGAGGAAUAAAUAGGUGUAAGAGUAAUGGUCAAUUAAGGCAGUAAAAGCCUGUCUGCCAGCAGUGCCGCGGACAUUCACUUCAACACUUGGCACUCUGACGAGACAACGUCAGUGCCACAGCCAUGCAGGUGGCUCCCUCUCACGCGUAUUUUAGUGAUAUUUUACAAAACAGAAACGCAACAAUUUACAGUUUAUUAAGCAGACUAAUACAUUAUUAAGAAUUAUCAGUGAAGUGCAACUGCAAUCACAGAAGGAAAAUCAACGUUAGUAACAGUUCCUUAAAACAGUGGGACGCCAGACUGUUAGUGAUUCUUCUGGUCGUUUGUAGCAGUUAAUGAAACUGUUAUCAUUGUUUUCUUCUUUGUACUUUUACUGUAGCAUUGCGACAUUCUGUGAACAGUAAUUGCAUGGGUGAGAGAGCGUCGUCUUUAAAAUAUUACUCUGAAUAUUUUCAAUUUGUCAAGAUUUUUAAGUGUUCUUGCUUAACUGGCACCGAGUUAUGAGGUGAGGUCGAGGGAGCCCAGCUGGGAGGCCGACACGAAGAACACACAGCAGGAAGUUACAGCAAGAGACACAGGCAAACAAACUUUAUAUAAAUAAAGUGGAGUAUAGUAUAUUACACAACAAUGGUUACUGACAUAUAUAAACUACUUUAUAGACAGUCCCUUAUUACGUAAACACUGCUCUGAAAAGUGUUGCGGACACGAUGAACACGUUACGUGGUAGCGUCACUGGUGCAAAUACGCCGCAAAGUUUCAAGUGUUAGUCGCAAGAUAUAUGAAAACACUUCUAUCUCUAAACUUCUUAAAAAAUAGUUAUUAUCAAGUUGUAAAAAAGUGCAUUUACGCUUGUUUCAUUAACAUAAAGUGACAGACGAAAAUGAAUUAGUUCGUCUCCCCAGGAGAGGUGCAAACAGUGAAGGUUCCUUGGAAACUAUGCCUUAUACGGCAACGUUGAUCGUAAUUUUCACUUGAGUGAGAGAGCCAACCAAGGUGUUGCGGAAAGAUCAAAGGAGAGUUUCUAUUUCUGGAUCGGCGAAUACACAAAAUUAAUGUUUACUUUCCUUAUCAUUAUAAUUUGCUUUAUAGUGAUCAGGUAUAAUUAUUGUGAAUGACAGUGAGCGAAGUAAUAUAAUUGAUUAUGGUGGAGUCGGUCGAAAGAGAUACUGACGUGGCUGACAAGGAUCAUCACACUUCCUUUACCUCACGUCACUACCACCACCACCGCCACCAUCACCCCCACUACUUACACCACAACAACAACAACAACCACUACCUGCUGCUGCACAGACAAAUGCAGGCACAGAGUGGUGUGCGAGGGGGCCCAAGGAUCAUGACCGGUGGAGAUGAGAUCCGCGGAGACAGUGCAGGAAGCCCUACUGGAAACGGUGUAAGGGACCUUGUUGAAGACAGAGCAGGUGGCCCUGCUGGAAACUGCGGUGACUCCGUUCGCUUCAACAAAAGAACAGACGUUAAAAGAUCAAAAGACAAAAACCGAGGCCACAGAAACAGCUCUGGGGGAAGAAGUGAUCCUGGUGGAGGGUGGAGAGGCGGUAUGGAUGGUGGAGGACACAGAAGAUUAGACACGGGCAAUACUAACGAGGCGAAUCCAGUAAUCCGUCUUCUGGUGCUCGGGGGACACGGCGUCGGAAAAUCAGCCAUCACCGUGCGAUACCUCACUCGUCGCUUCAUAGGAGAAUACAAGUCACAAAUAGAUAUCAUCUACCGUCAAAGUCUUCAAGUCGACGGUGUGAAGGUCGAACUUGAAAUCAUCGACGUCUCCAGAACGGGCGACAGUAUACUGCCGACGCCGGAGAUCUGUCAAUGCGACGGUUUUCUGGUUGUUUACAGUGUGGCAGAGAGAGAGACCUUCCUCACAGCCAAUCAGCUGCUUCACACCAUCUUCAAGCUCCGUCCACACCCGCCUCGCCCGCCAAUCACUUUGCUUGGAAACAAACAGGAUUUGGAGCAUUCGAGACAGGUCACAUACUACGAAGGAAAAACAGCUUCAAUGCUCUUCGGCUGUGCCUUCGCCGAGGUAUCCGUGGCGGAAACAAGCGAGGACAUCGUUCCCAUCUUCACUUCGCUCAUUAGACGGGCCAAAAUCAACGCCUGCCGGUGCCCCAGUCUCGCGGCUUUUGUCUUCGACCCUGUUAUCUGUUCUUGCUCUUGUAGAAGUACCUUUUUACCUGACAAUCACACUUGCACACAAUGUUGCUUCUCAGGAAAUUCACAUAAAUGUAACAAGAAUGGGAAUCGACUUUUGCGAAGUGGGACUGUAGGGAAUGGAAAAUGUCGUGAUCGGAGUGUUUAUGGGGAAACCAGUGAAGUGAGGAGACAUGAUAAUGAGAGGACGAAUAGAAAAGUAAGUCAUAAUAACAGAAAGAAACUAACUGUACGAUCUUUCAGCUCUCCUCUUUACAUCUCUGAAAAUAUUUAUAGUGCUAAUUCUUUAAACAAUCAUUCAUAUAGGCAAUCACCAAACAGCUCACCUUCGAGGCUGCCAUUAGCAACAGACAGAACCUCAGCAACAAACCCCUCACCCUCGAGUCUCACAGAAGGUAGAGACGAAACCUCAUCAUCGAGCAUUUGGGCUACGAGGUUUCCAGCAGUAGCAACAGAAAGAACUUCAGCAAAAGAUAUAAUCUCAUCUACGAAUUCCUCGCCUUCGAGGAUAGCAGCAACAUUAGACAUGACCUCAGCAUUGAACACCCCAACUUCGAGGUUUCCAGCAGCAACAGACAAAAGCAGAGCAUCGAACACCUCAUUUUCUAGGAACCCAUCAACAAAAAACAGGACCUCGACACCGAACUCCUCACCUAGAAUCCUAACAGCAUCUAACAUUACUUCGUCGAAGGAGGAAAAACAGAACACCAAAAACGAUAAUAAACAUAAGUUUCCUGAUUCAGGUAACAUGCGUGGGAAUUUGUGCCGGUCAUUAAGCUCUCCAGAGGAAUACACGGAAAGAUGGGCCUGCGAGGAUAAGUCUCCUCCUGGACACGGUACUAGUUCCGUCAAAGGAUCAAAGAAAGAAAGAUUCUUCUCCAAUUUAAAGAAUCAGGAGUUAAAUCUUUCGCUGUUCUCCAGAGGGAGGUCAUUUAUGUUGGACACUAAAAAAAAUGUAAAAAAAUCAGAAUGUUCGUGUAGGUAUCGUAACAAAUCUUUUAAAAGUAGCGGGAAGGUAGAAAUUGUCACCAUUAAAAAAUGUGAAACUAACCUCAGUUGCAAAGAGGAAGGUGUUCUAAAUCGAUCACAGUCCCCUGGUCUUCAUCAAGACAAACGAUCAUCUAAAUUUUCUGGAGUUAAGUUAUCCAGAAAAGAUUUAAGCAGUGCACAAUCGAGCAAAACAGAGACUAAUGAGCACCGCUGUUCCUCUCCUUUAUCAGCAGGUUGCACGACUCCAGGACUACCAAAAAAGUUUCUUUUUGAUCAUUUAGAAAAUGGAACAGAUGAAGAUGGUGGUAGUUCUACCAAAGGUGGACGCCAGAGGAAAUUCUCUGUAUUCGGGGUAGGCAGGGCACUGGGAAACUUCCUCUCUAAGGGUUCCCUACCUGACUUGCCUCGAGCCACAGCUAACAUCUGUGACAAGUUUGGGUCUCUGAAAUUAACGCUCAAGAAGCGGUCUGUGUGAGUUUGGUGUCUAAUUCCAGUGACCAAAUAAUGUGUCCAAGAAUGCUGUCUUUUGGCUUACACAAGACAUUCGCAUAAACACUACCCAUUUCUGUGAUAUCAUGUAAACAUUAACAAGUUUCUUAUGAAAUUAAACAAACAGGGGUUCAUUUUCAGGAUCGCCACAAUGGGAUGCCGUAAGAGAGAAGAAAAAAAACCCCAGUUGAUCACUUGGAAGCAGACAAACUCAAAGAAUUGGGUUACACUGAUUUCGAAGAGCAUGAUUUAUAUUUUUCUUUAUCCAAUUUUGUUAGAAAAAAAAAAGUUAUUUCGAAGAGCCUGAAACCCAUUUCUUCGAGAUUGUCUGCUUCCAUGUUAUCAGCCGAGGGAAAUUUACCCUAUUAUGUAAUGAUACAUUUCAUCUCCAUUAGGCUGCUUUUUUGCUUUUUCUAAAAUAACCAAUGUACAGACCAUGAUAGCUGACAAGAUUAUUAUUCUUUAUUUUACCCUGUGUCUUAGUUCAAUAUUAUAGACUACUGCGAGAACUGAAUUUUGAAAGUCCGAAUCUCGUAACAUGAUGCGGAAAAAAGCUUGGCUUUAGGAAUAACACAAAGAGGACUGCACCAUUCCGGAAAGGCCUUCGGCCUGAGGCAUAGAGAGGUGUGUGUUCUAAAACCAUUUUAUAUGCACGCCCUCAUCCCACACACGUGUCGCAGCCGCUCGUUAACUAUGGUAGUUCCAAUAACGAAAGAGCUAGGGACGAUGAGGACACUGCCCUAGGGAAACCAUGAUGGAUGCUUAUCUUUGCCACUUAAAACAUUCACUUCUGUUCACCCCCUUGAUGGAGAAGAGAUCUUAAAUCAUGUAACCGGAGCUUCUCUCCUCUCUCCGAGCAAACCUGUAGGUGGCUUAGGUAAAUACAGGCGUAUACACCAUCCAUGAUGUGUUACGCAGCUACUGCAGCUGACACUAACGACAAACAGUUGACUUUACAAUGAACUCUACAGCCUACACUGACUAAGACAUUAACAAAGUGGACAGAGAUAGUGAAGUGUUGAAAGUGCUCGGUGUAGACAGUGUUAUUGUUAUGUAGACUGUAUUAGUGUUGUGUAGACAGUGUUAGUGAGAUGCAGUGAUUGUCUGGUGUAGGCAGUGCUAGUGCUGUAGCCAUUUGUCAUUUACAAGUCACAGUGUGACUUGUAAAUGUUACAAGUCGGACUGAAACUUUGUCAUACGCUUCUCUCUCUCUCCUAUUUGCGGGUUAUUUGUGCAAACUAAAGUUGUGUUGGUAUUAAUACUCUCGUGAGGUCACCAAAUACAAGAGCUUCUUAAAGUAUUAUUUUACUGCGUUGUAUAUUCACCUAGGGUGCCAAGUUCCACUUAUCCAGCGAUCAGGUGAGCUGGAUCCUUUACCCUGGUCUGGACUCACAAACCAGGCAUCAUCAAGGACUCAUCUUGAUGAGUGUAACAGUGUUCAGUGUACUCGUGAUUGA